UAGAUAUGCACACAAUGUCUUCAUCCAGACGUGGUGGUGCGUGCCUUUAAGCCCAGCACUCAGAGAACUCUGAGUUGGAGGCCAGUCUGGUCUAUAUUGUGAGUUUCAGAACGAUGGUACAUAGACCCUGUUUCAAAACAACACCAAAAAGGAAAAAAAAAAUAAAUGUCUUCCGUGGCAUUUACUGUGAUGAUACUUUUUCUCAAUUUCAAAUUAUUUCUGAGAACUCAACUAACUUUCCAUUUUACAUUCAUUAUUUACCCCAAACGCUUAUGUUUUUGUUUAACUGUAUCAAAGAUGCUUUAUUGGACUUUAAAGCAUGUUUGCAGGACCUGGGCUGUAGCUCAGUAAUGGAAUGCAGCCUUGCGUUGUUUAGUCCUCAGUAUUCCUGCCCUCCUCCCCAGAUGAGUUCUUCUGUGUUACUUUAGAAUUUACUGCUAGCAUACGACAAGACCCCGAUUUUAUGGUUGUCUGUGAGUGGAACUGAGUGGAAAUACUAUUUUGGCUACUGCUCUUCUUUAACAUCCUUGCUUCUCCAUAGUGGCUGGCUUUGAAAUUCCCCAAAAUUGCAAUAUACGUGGAUACCUGCAGGGAGUGUUACGAAGCGUAUGUCAUCUAUAACUUUAUGAUAUUCCUUACCAACUAUUUGACAAUCCGAUUUCCCAACUUGAUGCUACACCUAGAAGCUAAAGAUCAGCAAAACCACCUUCCUCCCUUAUGCUGCUGUCCACCAUGGGCUAUGGGAGAAAUGCUGCUCUUUAGGUGCAAGCUAGGAGUGCUGCAGUACACCGUGGUACGGCUCAUCACCACUGCCACUGCAUUAGUGUGUGAAUUGCUUGGCGUGUACGAUGAGGGGAACUUCAGUUUCUCAAAUGCUUGGACCUACCUCGUUAUAUUAAACAAUUUGUCACAACUGUUUGCCAUGUACUGCUUGCUGCUGUUUUAUAAAGUCCUAAAGGAGGAGCUUAGUCCUAUACAACCAGUUGGCAAGUUUCUUUGUGUGAAGUUGGUUGUCUUCGUUUCCUUUUGGCAAGCAGUACUUAUUGCUUUGUUGGUUAAAGUGGGAGUUAUUUCAGAAAGACGUACCUGGGAAUGGCAAAGUGCAGAAGCUGUGGCCACAGGCCUACAGGAUUUCAUAAUCUGCAUCGAGAUGUUCUUUGCGGCAAUUGCCCAUCACUACACGUUCUCCUACAAACCGUAUGUGCACGAAGCGGAGGAAGGCUCCUGCUUUGACUCCUUCCUCGCCAUGUGGGAUGUGUCUGACCUCAGAGACGAUAUUUCCCAACAAGUACGGCGUGUCGGGAGGACAAUGCGAGGAUAUCCAAAAAAGAAGUGUUUUCCCGGGGAUCCGGACCACAAUGAACAUUCAAGUUUGCUCUCCUCAUCAUCUCAAGACAGGGCUUCUGGUUCUUCAAAGCCACCCUCACCAGUGGGCCUGUACCAAGGCUUUGGGCACACGAUCAGAUCACAGAGCCCAAUUUCUGUAGCCAGUGUAUAUGAAGAUAUUCUGAAUGACAUUCCAGAAGAACAGCAUAAGCUUCUUGACACAGGACAGGAUGUUAUGAUUGACAUGCCAGAUGAGCAAGACAUGCCUUGGAAAAGCCAAUAUCAAGACCAACUACAAACAGUUAUUUCACAGGCUUUACUUUAUUCAGCAAGGCUACCUGAAGAUACCACAAUUGAUAUCCCAGAUUGGGAUGAGGAGCCCUCUGAUUCAUCGUCAGUUCUGGACUACUAAAGCUGCCAUAGCCUCCUUCCAUCCUCAAGAUCUGUACAGUUGAAAAUGUUGUAAAAUCUGAAAAUAGGCCAAAACUAGAUAUAAUAUACAUACAUAUCUAACACUAAUACACACAUAUUAACAUACAUAUAUUUGUAUAAGUUUUAUAUAUAUCACAAAUAAUGUUUAAAUUUCCUAGGCUUUGGCUCUCUUCAACUGUUAGAAUAUCAUAUAUUCAAACAGUAGGUAACAACUGU